ACCAGUGUAGGAAGAGAAACCAAAGCCACGAUUGGAAAAACAAACAAACGAAGGUACCACUUUAAAUUUUUGUUCAGUAAGGCCCAUCUAUUUUCAUCGACCACCACCCGCGGCCAGCAUUCCUGCCGGCAACGGAGGCGCCUGCGUUGAGAGGGUACGGGGAAGCCUGGCGGUGGUGACAUCAUUAGUCGCACCAGUCGCACCAGUCGCUUCGGUCGGCCUCGAUCGGCAGUGUCGAUAGCACCUUCGCGUCGGGCCGGCUGAGCGGUGUGGAAGCCUGGUGGCGGAGGCGCCAUAACAGCCGUCCCGUUGUGUUGGCCCAGCAGCAGUAGCCACGUACGGCCAAGCGCCCGACCAUAGAUCUAGCAGCUUGGGCGAAACCACGGCGGCGUCGUCGGAUCGUGGUAGAGAAGUAAAGGCGUAAUUAGGGUUUCCUACAGUUUUUUUGGUGGGCUGGUAGUAAAUUUAGGAUUUAGUUAUUAUUGCUUUGAAUGAUAUGGUGAAAAAAAGAAGCGAGGAUUCAAUUAAAAACAGCCGAUGGAAUUAAAUUGUUAGGUUUUAAUUAAAUGAAUCCAUUUAAUUUAAAACUUAAGAAUUUUAUUCUGAUUGAUUAGGGUCCGGACCUAAUUUUUUUUAGUUAAACACAGUUUUAAUAAAUCUAAUCAGUUGUUUUGGAUUGUAAGUUUUUUAAUCAAACUGAUCAGUUUUUUCUCAGGACUGAGUUUUGAUUAAAUUACUCAAUCAACUAUUGAUUUAUGAUUUGAUCAAUUGCAGAUGCAAGUUUUAAUCAAGACGGUUUGUUUUAUAUUCUGCAUUAUGGCACUUGUUUGAAGUCAAUUUGACAAUUAAUGUCAGCAAUUUUGCACUCAGUACCUCAUGUUUAUUUGUUUGCAAUUAUUGCUAAUUUUGUGUAAUAUUUUCUUACUGAUGUCAAAUUGACAUAUUUAACUUUGUCAACCACUAUUUGAAUAGUUUCGUGUAUGUGUAACUAAUCAUUAAUUAUUGACAUAAGAUUUUUAUUGAUAUGUAAAUUUUAGAAUCAAUUUUAAAGUUAUAUGUGGAUCUGUAAUUAAAAUUGAUAGAGAGUUUAUAAUCCUAAUCAUGCAUGAAAUAGAUUAUAAAUUCUAAUAUACUUAAAAUUCUCACAUCAAUCAUGGGCAUUGCUUAAAAAAACAUUCUACAAUUGUAAUUUAUUAUGAGUUCUUGCUGCCAAAGUGACUCAUGUAUGAUAAAACUUAUUAAUAGCGGUAUUUUUUUGAGAAUGUGUUAUAAUAUUAUGUUCUAUAUCAUAGGAUAUAAUUUAUCUACUGGAGGGGAUUUAUUAUGUAUUACAAUCUAGGACAACGUAUCAGACAUUGCUUUGAAUAUUUUAAUGUGGAUAAUUUCAUUUGACCUAAGGGGAUAUAUUAUCUAAAUUAAUUAGAUUCAUGGUCUUUCUCAUGAGAAAGGUACUUAUUGCAUGUUAUAAUCGGAGGAUUAUAAUGAUGUGUUGAGGCUCUUGUUUCUCCAAUUUAAGUCUAUAAUUAUUAACAUUGUAUUUUUAAUCAAUGCCUAUAACAUGGAUAGUUGUUAGUUAAUUAUAUUUAUUAUUGUUCAAGUUUUCUUUUGUGGGAAAAAUAAUUCAACUUAAAGGAUAUAGAUCAUCACGGUAAGGAAUGGAUUUCUCUUUCACUAACUUUGCAUGCUGUAAUAUUUUCGUCCUUGCCUACUAGAAUACUUUCGGUGGGCAUGCCAAACUCACUCUUGAGCUCUCCAUUGGAUUAGUCUCUGACUCACCUUGUUGCUCAGUUAGUUGCUUUGAAUCCUGAGCUACUUGAAGAUGAGAAGUGGCAUGAAGGGAUGACAAUUUUCUCUGAACCAAUGGAGGAUCCGAUAUUCGACCCGAAUGGAGGAGGGUAUGGAGAGACUAUCAAUAUCCGAUAUUCGAUCCAAAUUAAAUAAUAUAUCUAUAUAUGUAUUAAAGAAAAUUUUCUCUUCCCAAAACUCACUAACUAUUUUUGUUGAUGUUAGGAGUAGACUACAUAGAUGUUUAAUCUAUUUUUUUAAUUAUAUUUUCUUCUUUUAAUAUGAUGUGAAGUUUAAUAUGCUUUUGUUGAAUGAUGAUGGUGGGAUGGAAAGAAGAAAAAUCAUUAGUAUAGAAAAUAUCUGAUUCUUUAAUGAGUAUGGUAAUGAGGAUGGAUAUCCGAUACCCGAUGGGUAUGGGGAUGGAGGAUAUAGAAUCCGAUCCAAACCUGAUCCAUUGCCAUCCUAGUGACAUCCGAUAUUGGAGGGUGUGGCAGCCCUUGCUCGAGCUCUCUAUUGGUGGGAGUAUGCCUAUGAGCAUGAGCGCAAACUCAAGAAGAUUGUCGUUGCACCAUGCUUUGCAAUGGACCAAUAAAUAAGACAUCAUCUUAACAUAAAAUACUAUAUGACAAUCUAUUACUCUAUAACUUGUUUUCUCAAAAACACUCGAGCACUUUUGAAAAUGACUCUACAGUUCAUUCAACGUCACAAUCUGAAAAAAAAGACCAAAAUACGAUAAACCACAAACUCCUAAACUCGUCAUCAACCAUGCUCUUAUACCAAGAAGGGCACUGUUGAUAAUUUAAGUUCAGGGAGUUCGUGGUUUGCUGUAUUUUGGUCAGUAAAGAUGCAUCAUAUAUAUAUAUAUAUAUAUAGGAUGAAUUCACUCAAUACGAAGUGCAUCAUAAAUAUCGGGUCAUGACAAACUAUAUUUCAUAUCUUUUAGUUUAAUAUGUUCUAUUACUAUUUUAAAAAUAUAAAUAUGUUAGUGAUUAAAUUAUUAUUUAUUAUAAAAUCAAUAUAAUAUGAGCCUGUAUCAUAAAAUAUUUAAACUAUUUUUUUUGGAUUCAAAUUAAUAUAUACAUAUAUUCUAAUGUUUAUAUUACAAUUAUUUGUUAAAAAUGUUUAAGUAAUAUGAGUUUAUAUCCUUAAAAUAUUAUUUUUGGUUUCAAGCUAGUAUAGAAUUAUCUAUUACUAUGUUUAUAGUUCGAUUACUUGUUAAUAAUAAGUACUAAUAUAAUAUUUUAAAAGUUUUCAUAACAUCUAAAAAUAUUGUUUAUUUAAUAGAAAUCUUUAUUAUUUUAAUCUAUUGUAAUAAUUAAAUUAAUCAGAACAAUAUUAUUUACUUAUUUAGAUAUUAUUUCAAUAGUUUAUCCUUAUACUAUUAAGUAAUUUCUUUGUCAAAAAAAGUUGUUUAUUUAAUAUAAUUCAUUUUAUUUUAAUAUACUAGCUUAUGGAAGGGGAGCUUUGGCACAAUGUGUUGCCGUGUGAUAUGUUGGUCACGGGUUUGAAUUACGAAAACAACCUCUUGCGUUACCGAUAAAGCUACGUACAAUAGACCCUUCCCACCCUGCAUUGGCUGGAGCUUUGUGCACUUUUUGUACUAACUUAUGGUUUGUGUUCCAUGCUAUUUACAUGUUCAAUAGAGAACAACACGUGCUUUUUUAAGUUCAGGAUGAAAAUUAUUAGGAGAGCCAAAUUUUGUGACAAGUCAAUUUUGUUUUGUUCACCUUAUUAUUGUGUUUACUAUGAAUACCUUUUCCUCAUGUUUUUUCUAUCUUAGCAGGAAAUUUGUUUUUUUUUAAUGUACAUGGGAGUAAAUUGUCGUACUCUUCAAUAGAACAAGGAAGCCAUUUGUUUUGAUCGAUGAGGGAGGAACCAUUUAACCCUUUGCAUGUUUUAUGGGAUGGUGCAAUAGCAGGAGCAGCUGCUGGUGGUGUUGCGGAAGCAGUUUUAUAUCCUAUAGAUACAAUAAAGACCAGGCUUCAGGCAGGCUGCUCAUGGGGGGAGCAGAAUCCAUUGGAAAGACCUGUAUUCUGGAGUUGCUUGCAACCUUGCAGGGGUCUUGCCGUGAGGCCUCUGCCAUUUUCGUAGGCAUAUAUGAACCUACCAAACAAAAGUUACUGAAAUUAUUUCCAGAGAAUCUUAGUACUUUUGCUCAUCUGACUGCAGGUGCUAUUGGAGGAGCUGUUUCUUCGUUUAUUCGGGUUCCAACAGAGGUAGUUAAACAAAGGAUUCAGACUGGACAUUUCACCUCUGCUCCUGAUGCUAUCCGUCUUAUUGUUGCUAAAGAAGGGUUUAGAGGUCUUUAUGCUGGAUAUAAGUCAUUUCUAUUACGAGAUUUACCCUUUGAUGCACUCCAAUUUUGUAUAUAUGAGCAGCUUCGAAUUGGAUAUAAGAUUGCAGCAAGGAGGGACUUAAAUGAUCCAGAGAAUGCUUUAAUUGGUGCUUUUGCUGGUGCAAUAACAGGAGCUAUAACUACACCUCUUGAUGUCAUGAAGACUAGAUUGAUGGUUCAGGGUUCAGUAAACCAAUAUAAUGGGCUACUUAAUUGUGCUCAAACAAUUUUUAGGGAAGAAGGCCCAGCAGCUUUCUUAAAGGGUAUUGGUCCAAGAGUACUAUGGAUCGGGAUCGGUGGCUCGAUAUUCUUCGGUGUUCUAGAGAGAACCAAACUAUUGCUUUCCCAGAAGCGUUUUGAUCAGGACCUGAAAUCUUCGCAGUCUGCUGUCAUCAAUAACAAGAGGUGAAAGUUCUGGUUUCUCGGAAGUGAUCAAUCAACCAUCUUCAUUUGCCAAUGUUAAUUUACUUAGUUUGCUAGGGAUCAUUGUGACUUGUAUCUAUACCUUUUUAGGGAUUUAAUGUUAUGGUUUGGCCUUGUUCUCUAUUUCAUUUUAUUAUGCAAGAGAAUUUAGACACAA